AUGGCAGUUCCGUAUAGCAGUAAAAAGCCUCGUACACAGAGUCUUCCAAAGUGCUUUCCGCCUGUCUUCACAUCAAAUUCCUUGACCUCUUCCGCAAAACAGCAAUGCAGCUAUGAAGAAUUACAACAUUCAAGCUAUCUUAAUCACUCUACUUCCUUUUACUCUGCUUCUCCAGAGGGAGAAACUCUCUCUCUAACAACAAAAGACGACUAUCAAAGUUCAAAUUGCAAUACAUUUGGAAAUUUGGUUGACGUCAGUGGGUCGGGAACCAACGAUUUCCAAUUUUGCCGCGAAGACCGUAACGAGACAACGCAAAAUGAUAAUUAUUUUCUGGCACUUCGUAGAGUUCCAGAAUCCAAUUCGAUAUCAAUACACUAUGAGAAAUCCGAAGUGCCUUCAGAUAUCCGAGACCCAAGUAGAUUCUUCUCGCCGGAGACACCGCAGGAGCUCUGUAAACCAACAGUCGAUUGGGUUCUAGGACCAUCCUUCAGAGAAAAUCUACCUAGCAAUGCUCAAGAGAAUACAACGAUAAAUCAGUCAUCCUUAUUGAGUUCUUUAAAGGUUGCUACUCCAGCUAAAAUUUCCUGCAAUCAGGGUAGAUCAUGCAUGCAAGCUGCCAUCGAAACACUUUGGAGUCUUCAUACCAGUAAUGUAUCAAAUUUUUGUCUGUCUAACAAUAAUCUUAAAGCAAAUGGUGCAGCUGGCUUCGUAUCUCCUCGCUCAUCUGAAGACGUUCUGCAAAAAAAUAAAGAGAUAGAAAAAGUUCUUAGCUCUAUUCUUGCCUGUGCCUGUUCUGAGCGGCCUAGGGUUCAAGUGCUCUUGGUUAACAUAUGCCAUCGUUUACUGAUAUGGUACAAGGCCGUUGUUCCCUGCCAUAAACCAUUGUUAUCAAUAGCAACCAGCUUUAUGGGCAGAGAAGAACCUGGCGAAACUAUCUCGCAUCAGCCCAUACGAAUCGGUGAAUACUGUUUGGACGAGGCUUUAGAACUUCGAAUCAAAGCCCAAGUAGUUUUUGCGGAGCUCCAGAAAUUAGAAAUUCUUAUCAGUAUCCUCGUAUCGCGCAUGACGACAGAGAGAAAGAUAGCUGGCUACUCAAACAAAAGCUGUGAUUAUUCUGAAAGCGAUUUCAUCCCGACCCAAGAGACUGAAUUUUCAGAACACGUGCGGGGAAAACUGGCUACAUUAUUGCACAGGAAACUCCAGACCAUGAUGAUAGAUUUGAAAGGUAUUUAUGUACAGCAUGCAUGA